AGAAAUUAUACUACUGCUAUCCUAUACCGUUCUCUCUCUCCAAGUCUCAAAUGUCGAUCCUCUUCCCAGAAGCCUCAAACAACUUCAUGCUCUCGCUCAAACUCGUCUUGAUAUCCACCACCGUUUUAUCAGCUGCGGUUGCCCUGAAGCUCUCCGCACCGGCUAUCACAGAGUUCGCCGUCACCGAAGUUCCUUCCUUGUACCACGGCGUCGUUUCCUGGCUGAAGCCUCCCUACCUCUACCUCGUCAUCAACUGCAUCAUCAUCACCAUUGUUGCUUCCUCGAAGCUCCAGUCUGCAGCAAAGCUCCACCAUGACGUCACUCCACCCUUGCCGACUCAUCCCCAACUUCAACCGACGCCGUUUCAGGUCGCUUAUUAUCAGCCUCAGCCAGUGCCUUUGGUUGUGCCUCAUCUUCAGCCGCACGAGUUUGCCGAUGUCGACCGGCUGGCUGAGGCUGCUGGUACGGCCAGUGUUAGGGCGCCGCCGGAGGUUUAUGAGCGGGCUAACGAUACCAUUAGUAGAAUCAGUAAUAUAAACAGCAAUUACUACGAAAAUAAGCAGGUUUUGGUGGAUGAUAAUGGAAAGGAGGAGUUUGUUGGUGUGAGUGAGGUGGCGGAAUUGAGUAAUGGUGGUUAUGGAGACGAAUCUAAUUAUGCAGAUGUAUCAAAGCCUUCGUGGUCAUCCACAUCAACAUCUCCGGGGAUAAGUAGGACGGAUUCACUGGAGCUUUCGUUAUACUCGAACGAGAAGCCGCCGGUUUCGGCUAGAUUCGGCCACCGACGAACGGCGAAAGCCAGUCCUGAUCAAGGUGGGAAAGCGGCGCUGGGGGUGUCGAAGCCCAAGAGGCAGGAGACGCUGGAGAGCACGUGGAAGACUAUAACGGAGGGGCGUGCGAUGCCGUUGACGCGGCACUUGCGCAAAUCUGACACGUGGGAGACUCACGGUGGUCGGCACCACCAUAACCAAGCCCCACAAAAUCCGAGGAUGAUCAAAUCCGAAACCUUCGCUGACCGCCGCAAAACUGACGCAAGUACUGGCGGCGGCAGCAGCAGCAACAACUCGCUGCUGAGUCCCUCACCCGGUUCUGGCAAACUCAAACGAGAAGCCUCCCUGAGUCAGGACGAGUUGAACCGACGGGUGGAGGCUUUUAUUAAGAAGUUCAAUGAGGAAAUGCGGUUGCAGAGGCAGGAGUCUUUGAAUCAAUACAUGGAAAUGAUCAAUCGAGGGGCACAUUAGUACAUUCAGGGAGGAGUUUCGAAUUACUGCUGUUUUUUUUUUUAUGUUCAUUUGUCAAUUUGUUAAAUGCACAUAGAGAAACUCUCUCUUCGAAAGUUAAGUGGAUGGAAAAAUUCUUUUUCGUCGAGGCA